ACACUCUCUCAGUCUCUCUUCCCUUCUUCAAUGGAGCAACAACUAACAUUAGUGCUGUUGGCUACCCCCAAAGGCGCCAACUUUGACGAACAAACUCUAGACUACGCCUCCUCCUCCUCCUCCUCCUCUGCUCCCUCCUCCACCUCCUCCUUCACUCGAACCUUCCUCAAAUUCUCCGUCUACUUCUCCCUCGUCGCUCUCGCUUACUACUUCAUCAUCUCCAGCUUCACCGUCCCUCCUCCAAUCUUCAUCGCCCUUGAUUCCCCGCCUGUAUCUCCUUCCGGCAACGUUUCGUCGCCAAAGUGUGAUCUUUUCAGUGGGGAUUGGAUACCUGAUCCGGCGGGUCCUCUCUACACCAAUCACUCAUGUCCUCACAUUCAGGAUUUUCAGAACUGUAUGUUAAACGGACGCCCUGAUGUCAACUAUCUCUUCUGGAGAUGGAAGCCUCGUGACUGUGACCUCCCUAGGUUCAGUUCAUCUCAGUUUCUCGACAGAGUCAGGAACAAAUGGUGGGCUUUCAUUGGAGACUCCAUCGCUCGUAACCAUGUCCAGUCUCUCAUCUGCAUCCUCUCUCAGGUAGAAGAAGUGGUGGAGAUUUACCACGAUAAGGAGUUCAGAUCCAAGAUCUGGAGAUUCCCUUCUCACAACUUCACACUCUCUGUCAUCUGGUCUCCUUUCCUUGUCAAAUCCGAAACACUUGGCACCAGCUCUGAUAUCCACCUUUACCUCGACCAGCUCGACCACAAAUGGACUCACCAGUACUCCAACUUCGACUACGUUGUCAUCUCCGGAGGAAAAUGGUUCCUCAAAGCAACGAUAUUCCACGAAAGCAACACAGUCACAGGCUCCCAUUACUGCCACGGUAGAUACAACCUAACAGAAUUGGGAUACGAUUACUCCUACCGCAAAACCCUCAAGCUAGUUCGAAACUUCGUCCGUGACUCAACGCACAAACCCCUGGUUCUGUUCCGGACCACAACACCUGACCAUUUCGAAACCGCAGAGUGGAACGCUGGUGGGUACUGCAACAGGACGAUGCCCUUUAAAGAAGCCGAGGCCAAGUUAAAAACAGUUGAUGCUGUGAUGCGUGAUGUUGAGCUUGAUGUGUUUCAGAAUUUUGGAGAAGGCUCGACCAACUUUAGACUGUUGGACACGACAGGGAUGUCUUUUCUCCGACCAGACGGGCACCCGGGACCGUACAGGCAUCCGCAUCCUUUUGCUGGAGGGAAGGUUAAGAGCAGUGUUCAGAAUGAUUGUCUGCAUUGGUGCUUACCCGGUCCGAUUGAUUCAUGGAAUGAUGUUAUGGUGGAGACCAUACUUAACCGGUAACGGUUUAGAUGACGGGGAUCAAAUGUUCAUUGGACUGUUAAACGUACAACGGUGUUGUUUGUGGUUAGUUCCGGUUUAUAAUUCCCACUUGUUCGUGUAUAUGCUAUUUGUAUAUUUUUUUUUCAUUUUUGUAAUGGUCUUAAUUACUCUUAAACGUAUAAUAAUAAUGUACCUAUGUUAUAAAUGAUUUUGUUUUUCUUUCAGA